AUGUCUCGAGACCAAGCAGUAACCCCAAAAUUUUUAGAAAGCGACAAGCAACCCAAACUUCGGAGUGCCUGCGAUGGCUGCCACGCUGCAAAGAUCCGGUGCACGGGAGGCACACCAUGUGCUCGCUGCGCAAGAGAGAAUCUACGAUGCCACUACAGCUUCAAGGCAAAAAUUGGGAAACCGAAAGGUAGCCUGAACAAAAAGACAAUAGAGCGGAUGCAGCAAAUGGCGAAGCCUGCAGGAAACAACCAAAGAGCGCCACCAUCAGAAGCCACAGCUCCGCGUUCCGAGACCCUAGCUACAAUACCAUAUGCAGCGAACAAUCUAUUGUUAUCACCUGUCAGUGGUGAAAGCACAACUGCCGAUGUUGUCCUAUUGCCUCAAAACAGUCAUGAGAUCCAGGAUACAAUAAGUUCUAAGCCACUUGCCCUCGGUCAUUCUGAUAAUCUUGUAUAUGAGGGAGAUGAUCUCGAUGGGAUGGAAAAUUGGCAUUCGAUGGUAGCGGCCAGCAGUAUCGAAAUGGUUAGAUCAACACUGACCACGGUCAGGAAUCUACCCAAACAACCUCACACUCAACUGGUUCGUGCUCGCCCAUGUUCCGCGGGGAUCUUUGGAGCCUCUGGUAGAAUAUAUGCUAUCGAAGCCACAGCUAACCAUCCCCAAGACCAAGAUCCAGACAGCAGCAGGACUACGAAUAAAAUACCCAUCGGGUAUGAAGACGACUCGAGCUUCUGGCGUAAUACCACUUUUUCGCAAAUAUCUGGCGCGAUUGACCCAUCAUUCUCACAACUUUCCCCGUACUCAUCGAAGUCGACGCCAUCUGGCCAGAUCGAUCGGCAAUGUAGCAACCAUGCUUCCAUACUGUCGCCAUAUGCCGGACCAUCCCCACCCCACACGCACCCCUCAUCUCCCUGCACUUGCUUUGCUAUGUUAAGCAGCCGUCUUUGCGAACUGCAAGCCUUAUCAAUAGCCACAGAACAAGCGCGGGCAAUUGACUCAUUAUUGGUUCAGUCACAGACCACAAUACCUUACAUUAAAACGCUCUUCAAGUGUCAUAACUGCAUGAGGGACACGCAAGGACUCCUCAUGGCCACUAUGGUUUUAUCUCGUUUACUGACGUGGACACGACUUUCUCUGAUAGAUCAAGAGCUUGGCCUGAUUUCAGCACAGGUACGCCUAGGAAAGUUCACUGGCUCAAGAGAAUUGGGUAUCAUGGUGACGCGGCUGCUUCUCCGAACUCACUGGGUUGAUCAGAUUGGAUACGAUAAAGCGGAUAGAAGUUAUUUGGCUACACAGGCUGAGAACUUUAGGCUGGAACUAAAGCAGUUUUCCGAGAAAGUGCCUGACGUAUCACGACUUAGCUUUCUUAUGGCUGUAUAA